AUGAAGACAAACUCUAUGAUUAUGAACAUCAAAAUAUGGUUUGUUAAUUUCAUUUUCUUAUUUGCUAUGUUACUUUCAAUGACACAUGGGAGAACAAUUAAUCCGGAGUUUAGAGUGAAAGCUGUUAGUCUUGGUGGUUGGUUGGUUACUGAAGGUUGGAUGAAACCUUCUCUCUUUGAUGCCAUUCCGAAUAAAGACUUCUUGGAUGGAGCUGGUCUUCAAUUCAAAUCAGUGACAACAGGGAAAUAUCUAUGUGCAGAGUCUGGAGGAGGAACUAUCCUUGUUGCAAACCGCACAACUGCUUCAAGUUGGGAAACAUUUAGAUUGUGGAGAAUAACUGAGGAAACAUUUAGAUUCAGGGUUUUUAACAAACAGUUUGUGGGCUUAGAUGAAAUCAACGCGGUUGCAGUUACCAAUUGUUCCACUGAGUCUGAAACUUUCCAUAUUCUUAAGAAAAAUGAUAAUUCAACCUUUGUUCGAAUCAAAGCAUCCAAUGGAUACUACUUGCAGGCAAAAUCAGAAGAGUCGGUGACUAUUGAUGUUUCAGAGGUUACAGGAUGGGAAGAUAAUGACCCAACUGUUUUUGAAUUGACAAUUGCUGCAAGAUUGCAAGGAGAUUUCCAAAUAACAAAUGGUUAUGGCCCUACAAAAGCUGCACAAGUUAUGAAGGAGCAUUGGAGUACUUUCAUAGUUGAAGAUGAUUUCAAGUUCAUAGCUAGUAACGGACUAAAUGCAGUUAGAAUUCCAGUGGGUUGGUGGAUAGCAAGUGACCCAAGUCCACCAUGGCCUUAUGUUGGAGGUUCAUUGCACUCACUAGACAAUGCUUUCUCAUGGGCCCAAAAAUAUGGUUUGAAAAUCAUUAUUGAUCUUCAUGCUGCACCUGGUUCUCAAAAUGGUUUUCAACAUAGUUCAACACGAGACGGAUCACAGGAAUGGGGAAAAUCAGAUGAAAACAUUCAACAAACAGUUGAUGUUAUUAGUUUACUAACUGCAAGGUAUGCAAAAAGCCCCAGUCUAUAUGCAGUUGAGCUCUUAAACGAGCCACUCUCACCUGGUGUGACACUUGAGAGUUUGAACAAGUAUUAUAAAGCUGGUUAUGACGCAGUGCGCAAGCACUCGACCAUGGUUUAUGUGGUUAUGUCGAAUAGACUUGGACCAUCGGAGCACAGGGAACUCUUUCCUCUUGCUAAUGGUUUUACGCGACCGGUCAUUGAUGUCCAUUACUACAACAUUUUUAAUGAUUUAUUUGAAAACAUGACGGCUCAACAGAACAUUGAUUUUAUUUACAACAACCGCUCAUCAGAUUUGAAUUUUAUUACAUCAUCAAAUGGUCCUCUUAUUUUUGUGGGCGAAUGGGUCUCUGAUUGGCGAGUUAAGAAUGCUACAAAAGAAGAUUUCCAGAGAUUUGGCGCGGCACAAAUAGAUGUUUUUGGUCGAGCAACAUUUGGUUGGGCUUACUGGGCUUUUAAGAAUGCAAACCAGCAUUGGAGUCUUGAGUGGAUGAUUAGUAAUGGUUACAUAAAGCUUUAG